CGUCCCCCGGAUCGCUCCUGGCCAGCUUCCGGCGCCUAUAAGAUGCUCCAUGGCGCCCGAGACACGGCCCAUUUGAGCUCUCGCUAAAGAGGACGACUGCCACGCACCGCUGGUCACCUGCUGCCUGGGGAAAACAACGACACGCACGCGCGAAAUCGACAUGAACGCCUGGGUCCUCAUCGCCGCCUGCUGCGUGCUAAGCGGCGUACGCGGCCAGUACGGUCCCGUGCGCGCCCACCUUGGUCCGGCGCUGGCGUUUUCGCCAGCGGCAGGCUUUGCCGGCGCCGCCUACCCGUACGCUGCCAGCGCUGCUGAGGCCGCGCUCAGCGCGGGCGCCGGGGCCACACAGCUGACGCUAGCUCCGGCUCCGGCACUGUUCGGCCAUGCCCACCAACAGCAACAAUUUGCCGCGGCACCUGGCUUUUCACCAGCCUUCCUGGGCGCUGGAUACGGCGCCCAGCCGCCACCUCAGCUGAUCGUGAGCCCCCUGGUACACCAGGAUGGCACGGCGGGGCUGGUGCCCGCCGGCGCACCCAACUUCGCUCGCACCGUGACGCAGCACUACGGAGGCGGCGGCAGCUCCCAGGUGACCCGGUACCAGCCCACGACGUACGCUGUGGGAGGCGCGAACGCCGGCGCCGCUACGUCCGGAGUGACGUCCCGGACCCAGUACCAGACGACACAGCUGCAGACGGCACCCGGUUCCACAAGCGCGCUGUACCGCGAGCCUAAACAGCUGCAACCUCUCAGCUCGCUGAGCCAAGUGCAGGCGGCCGGCGCGCCUGCUGUCACCUACCAGGAAGUCGGCCAGACGACGCUAGGCGCCCUGCAAGGUUACGGUGGUGCAGGGACGGCAGGCCUCUUCUCCGGAUACGGCGCUGCGGCAGCGUAUCCGACGGCCAGGACAGCCGGCUACGGAGCCGGGUUGAGGGCCUACUAGUGAUGCAAUCCGCCUUUGCCAAAGAUACGUGAAGAGGACUGUUUACGGCUGUUAUUUAUUGACCAUGGACAGAGAAUGCCCUGACCAGCAUCACCUCACAUCGACAUUUGGACGCAGCUACGCGUGAGAACUGGCGCUGGGCUGCUACUGCAGCUGCUGCGUAACCAUGAUUGUGCGAAAAUGCAGAA